AUGGCGUCGAAGAGUGAAGAUUAUGACUAUUUACUUUCAUUUUUUAAACCUCCGUAUAAUUUGACUCGCGGUGGAAAAGCAGAAACGCUUUUGGCGAAUCGGGUUCCCGUGAUGAAAAGUUAUCAUAUCAUCUCGGAAAAAUCACCAGAGGAUUUGUGGCGUGAAGAUCUCGCCAAAUUAUCGGAAAUUUUGCCUGAACCUGCUUCCUCCGAAGCCAAACCUACAAAGUCUUCGACAAAGAAAAAAUCUCGCCAGGAAAAAGUGACUACCCCAGUGUCCCUUUCUGAAAAGUUGUGUUUCAGUCCGAAACACAUUGGAGAGCAAAAAUAUUGGCUAAAUUCUUAUAACGAUGCGUGCAAGCUGCUCCGCCGUCAAGGACUUACAGAAGAUGUGUACGGGAAAGAAACCAAACCAAUCAGUUUCUAUGAUUUUAUUAAAAAGGACAUGGUACGAUACUUCAAGAUGGAAUACGAGCGUAGCACACCUUCCCUCAUUGAUGGCUUAAAACUGGAGCAGCGUAAAGUGUUAUUUACUGUCUUAAAUCGAAACGACAAGGAUGUUAAUGUCGCCCGACCAGCUCUUACUGUUGCUGAGCACACUGCUUUACUAUGA